AUUGAGGAAGAUAAACGUAUUGACUCCAUACACAGUGCAGAUAUCCUUGCUGGAGGGCCACGUUUCCCCCAGUGAGGCACAGGGCACUGAGCUAGCUACUGUAACCACUGAGCGCUGGUAUAUAGCACCAGGCGUACGGAGAAUAGAUAUUCGUCAAAAUGGAGUUGUAGGGACGUUAUUCUUACCCCCUGGCCCAGGUCCAUUUCCAGCCAUGUUGGACCUGUGGGGAAUGAGUGGAGGACUGACGGAGUACCGCGCUGCCCUGAUUGCAUCCAGAGGCUAUGCUAGUUUGGCCCUUGCCUUCCUGGGGCACAAAGAUUUACCUGGCCCACGCAACACCAUGAAUGUUGGUGAUUCAUAUUUCAAGGUGGGAUAAGAUGCAGGCCUUCCUUUAUUCUGUGCU